GAGGUCUUGGGUGACUUUGGACGUCCGCUCAGCCAGGUUGCAGAAGAAGCUUAGUGUGUGUCCUAAUUUUCUGUCUCUGUGUAGGUAGACCUGUGCCGCAAACAUGUUCCGCCAGAUCCUCGGGCAAGCCAAGAAGCAUCCCAGCUUGAUUCCUCUGUUCGUGUUUAUUGGAGCAGGGGGCACUGGAGCAGCGCUGUAUGUGAUGCGCUUGGCGUUGUUCAAUCCAGAUGUCAGCUGGGACAGGAAGAAUAACCCUGAGCCUUGGAACAAACUGGGUCCCAAUGACCAAUAUAAGUUCUACUCAGUGAAUGUGGACUACAGCAAGCUGAAGAAAGAAGGCCCAGACUUCUAAACUAUGAAGUUCACUGUAAAGCUGCUAAUGAAGGUCUUUCAGGAGCCAUCCGCACAAUUUUCCACUUAAGCAGGAAAUAUAUCUCUGAAUGCAUGAAAUCACGUUGAUUUUUUUUUUUGGAGUUUAUUAAACUGAUGAAUAAAUCUCUGAAACUUGA